AAAGAUCCUUCUGUUGCUGCGGGGGGAUCUCGGGUUGCUGAGGAUCUCAGCAAAGGUGACAGCCAGAGGCAGAAUGGCCCCUCUCAGGGAGAUGGAGAGAUGGAAAGUAAAGGGCUUGUUCAGAGCCAGGAGAGCUUGUCUAAACGCUCUGCCUUGGAGGAGGGGUGCUCCAAGGUCAGCAGAAGAACCAAGAAGCCAGACCAGCAGAUCUAUCAGCCUGGGAAGCGCCUGCAGUCUGUCACCAAGGAGCCGACCCCCCGGCCAUCCAGCGAAGAGGUCAUCAAUAAGAUGGAGCAGCUGAGAGUUGAGGGAGAAGAGACUGAAAGGGACCCUGGGAAAGGCACUAGUGGCAGCAGCAGAAAUAAACAGAGCAGAGAGGAAAGAGAGGGAAGCCUGACCAGUGAGGGGGCAAAAACUGCCAAGGGAGAGAAAGGCAGGAGGAUGGAACGGGGUGACAGGGCAAGGAAGGCAAGCAGUGACCUGCCACAGGGAAAGCUCGCCUCCACCAAGAGGUACUCCCGCUCAGACAAACGCAGGAGCCGGUACCGCACCUGCAGCACAAGCUCUGCUGGAAGCAACAACAGCACAGAUGGAGCCUCCCUGGCUGAGGUGGGGAAGAAACAGCAGGAGCGAGCAAAGGAGCGGCUCCGUCCUAAGAAGCAGCCAUCUGCUUCCUCCACAGACUCCCUGGAUGAUGACCGAAUGGAUAAGGUGGAAGCCUAUGGCCUUGGCAGGAGCUUGGAGAGGAGGAAGCGCCUGGAGCAGAGCCGAGCUUCUGAGAGCGAGUGGAGCAGCAAUGGUAAAGAAGCCAAGGGCGCUUUGCGCGUCACCUUUGACAGCUGGACCAUGAGCAGGGACAUCUGCAUGUUGGAAAACGGCAAGAAAAGACCCCCAAAGGGCUGUGUUAACGUGAGUGACUCCACGGAGGCUGUGGAGGGCAGAGGCCAGAGCAGGGACCCUCACGGGAGAGGCCGGGGGAUUCUUGUCCUGCCUGCCAACACGGACCUCUCCGCCAGCGCUGCAGGAUCCCCUGAAUCCAUGCACUUGGGGCCUAGGCUCCUGCUUGGCGGUGGGGGCAGCAAGGCGCCCAGGGGCAGAGGCCGUGGUGGCACUACCCGCAGGUUGUGGGAUCCAAACAACCCUGACCAGAAGCCGGCUCUGAAGAAUCAGGCCUCUCAGCUCCACUUCCUGGACACGGAUGAUGAAGUGAGCCCCACUUCCUGGGGAGAAACACGCCAGUCACAGGCCUCCUACUACAAGUUUCAGAACUCAGACAAUCCCUACUAUUACCCAAGGCCCACAGGCCCGGGGGCCCAGUAUCCCUAUGGAGGAUACCCACUGCAGUAUCAAAUGAGCCCCAGCAAUGGUGUGUACCCAGGUGCUUACUAUCCUGGGUAUCCAGGGCAGUCAGGGCAGUACAUCUGCAACCCACUCCCGUCCACCCCCCUGAGUCCUGAACUGGAGCAGCAAAUGCGGAACAUGCAGCAGCAGGAGCUCAGCAAACUCCUUCGAGAGGCCGGGAACCAGGAGCAGCAGCUCAGCAACCUGCUGUCCAGAGACCGGAUCAGCCCUGAGGGGCUUGAGAAGAUGACACAGCUGAGAGCAGAGAUGCUGCAGCUGUAUGAGCGAUGCAUCCUGAUGGACAUAGAGUUCUCUGAUAACCAGAACGUGGAUCAGCUUCUGUGGAAGAACGCCUUUUACCAGGUGAUUGAGAAAUUCCGGCAGCUCCUCAAGGACCCUCUGGGGGAGAAUGCCCACGAAAUUCGGAACAAGCUGCUUCAGCUUCUGGAUGAGGGCACUGUUUUCUUUGACAGCUUGCUGCAGAACCUGCAGGUCUCGUACCAGUUCAAGCUGGAGGAUUAUAUGGAUGGGAUGGCCAUUCGCAGCAAGCCCCUGCGGAAGAUGGUGAAGUACGCGCUGAUCAGUGCCCAGAGGUGCAUGAUUUGUCAAGGGGACAUUUGCAGGUACCGAGAGCAAGCGAAUGACACGGCAAACUACGGGAAAGCGCGCAGCUGGUAUCUGAAGGCUCAACAGAUUGCCCCCAAAAAUGGCCGUCCGUACAACCAGUUGGCACUCUUGGCUAUCUACACGAGGAGGAAGCUGGAUGCUGUGUACUAUUACAUGCGCAGCCUGGCCGCCAGCAACCCCAUUCUCACAGCCAAGGAGAGUCUCAUGAGCCUGUUUGAGGAGACAAAGCGCAAGGCUGAGCAGAUGGAGCAGAAAAAACAUCAGGUGUUGGAGCUGAGCCCCAGCCAGAAGGGGAAGAGCAAGAGGUCCACGUUCCGACAAGUUGGGGACGACGCCACGCGGCUGGAGAUUUGGAUCCACCCCUCCCACCCCCGCUCCUCCCAGGGCCAUGAAUCUGGCAGGGAUUCUGAACAGGACAAUGGGCUUGGGAACCUCAGCCCCAGCGACCUGAACAAAAGGUUCAUCCUCAGUUUUCUCCAUGCCCAUGGGAAGCUGUUUACCAGGAUUGGGAUGGAGACGUUCCCUGCAGUGGCUGAGGAGGUCCUGAGGGCAUUCCAGGUGCUGCUGCAGCACAGCCCACCUCCCAUUGGAAGCACCCGCAUGCUGCAGCUUGUGGCCGUCAACAUGUUUGCAGUGUACAACUCCCAGCCCAAAGGGCCCUGAGACCAAUGGAGGAAAGAGAGCACAGCCAGGAGGGCAUUUCCGCCAGGUGUUUCUUGAGGACUCACAUUAAUGAACAUGAUGCUAAACCCAGCUUCUCAGCCAGCGUAGCCAGGGGCAGGUUGUUUAGCGACAUUGGUUUGCCGGGAGUAAGCUUCCAGUCCCAGGGGAGUUGGCCGCUGAGCAGCAGGGCACCUGAGUGGUUCCCAUGCAUGUGCACUGCAAAGCCGCAUUCCACACCAAUGGGGUUAGUUACGGCUCUGGAGGCUGUGGGUAGCGCCAGCCAGGGGCAGGCCAGUAAGUGCCAUGGGAAGUGGAUGGCACUACCCAAAUGGUGCUGCUCUAACCAGAGGUGGUCUUGGCCACCGUGCUGCUGAUCCGCUGUUGCCCGAGGUGUGCGUUGCGUGGAGCAGUAGUGGCAGGCAUCGUGGGGGACUGACGCAGCAGCCAGUGGGGCACGGCAGAAGGCACAGUCCCGCAGUACUUGUGUGCCAGGUGGGCACAGUGCUGCCACUGUGGGACUGCGCCAACGCAGAGCUCGUGGUCUGGUGGAUUCUCCAGCACGCGUGUCUGGCCUUUGCUUCCCUGUGGACUCUGGCGCUAUGCUGCCGGCUCUAGGAAGGGAGAAGAGGCUUGCGUAAGCAGUGCCUGCUUUCCGGAUAAUGGCAUGGAUGCAGAAGGGAGGUGCCGGCUGCCAAAGACACGCUGGGAACAGCAUAAACCCUUCAGAGUGCAUCCUAGGGAGCCAAGGUCUGACGAGUCCUUGGGCUUGGUGCUGGGAGCAGGGCCCCCCUGCUCCGGGGCCCCAAAUAUCCACGGCCCGUGUCGAAGGGAGGUGAAAUGCCGCCACAUGUACUUGCGUCUUUAAAAGCAGGCAGAGCGGAAGUGAUGCUCUCAGGCCCAUCUGCACUUGGGGCUGUGCACGGAGAGCGAGACGCGCUGCAGCUGGUGCGAGGCCCUGGCAGUGUGAGGAGCUGCUGUCUGUUGGGGUUUACUGCUGUCUACAUUGAAACAUGACUUGGGAGGGGGCUGGUGGCAUGGUGCCAGCCCCAGUUAGCCUGGCCUUCUCGUUCCUCUCCCCUUCUCCCCCUCCCUCCAUGCUUUAAAGUCACAUUUCCAGGCCAGACAUAGAAUUAAUCUCUGGGCACUUCACAUUGCUGGCAGCACAAAGCAGGAUGUGGGAUCUUUUUUUCUCUCUCUCUGCGUCUUGGCUGACUUUUUUACCUCUCGAAGAAUUUGGAAGGGCCGUGAGAUUCCCCCCGCCCCCCUUGCUUCAGUGCCGUGCAGUUUUUCAGCACGCUGAUCACCCUGCUGUGGCUUCACCCUAAUAGAUUUCAUAUGUUGACGCAGUUGACAUCAGUAUCAAACUAUUUUACAUGUGAUCUGGUGUAUUUCCUGAGGAAAUCUGCAAGAUAUUUAUUAAGAACUAAUAAAAUAAACCUCUCCAUGAGCUUUUAGGUAGUUUUCAAUUUUUCAUGUCUCUCUCGUUUCCUCUUAUCAAUGAGUUUCUAUUUUCUCCCUCCUCUCUGACCAUCGCAAAAGGAAACAAAAAUAAAUGUUUUAAACCAUUCCUGAAUGGACACUGAGAAUAUUUCUGCAGUGAUGUAUCAGCAGAGCUGUAUUUUUAGUGCGGUAUUGUUGAGACUAAAAAUAUCCCGCCGUAGUGCAUCCUUUUUCUAGGGCUCUGUGCGCGUGUGUCUGGAAUGUUGUGCUAGCUUGCACCAGUGUGCAAGGGCUGUCUUUGUACUACUGCAGCUCUGCCUCCCUCGCAGCUGGAGUCCAUUAGGCCUUGAAAAUUAAAGUAAUCCUGGUUAAGAAAGAAAAAUUAAUCAACCUAGCAGAGCUGCACUUUCCCCAGCUGAGCCUGGAUACCUGUGUGGCAGCCCCGGUUUGAGAGGCUCCCGCGGGCCCAGAGCGCAUGGGCUGGGAGUGUGCUGUGGUCCAGUGGUUUUGCUGCUGUGUUAUUGCCACCAAGGGUGUUCCCUGCACUGGAGGUUGCAUGCGCGACACUCAUAGCAGCAGCCUCCCUCGCUUGCUGCCUUGUGGAGCUUGAGGCUUGCUCGGGUGCUGUCCAGACAGGAGGCUCUGGCUGUUAGUUGCCAUCGCCUUUGUUUUCGGCUCAGUGUUUGCUGCCAGGACACCCUGCGGCACUGGGGUUUUGGUGCGCUGGAGAGCAGAACCUGCUAGCAGGCAUCUGAAGCCCCAUUACUCUAAUGCCUCCUCCGUCCUUUCAGAGGACAUGUCAGUGUCUUUGCCCUUCUGACCACGGUUUCUGUCAUUUAGCUGCGCUCCUUAUGAAAGGAGCUGGCAGUCCAAGGAGGGCGGUUCCCCGUGACCCUGCGCUGAAAGUGGGGAGUGGCCUGAGCUUGGGGAGUGGAUCCAUCUCCUUGGGCUGCAGUCAGCAUGGUGGGCAGAAUUCAGGGCUACCACUGCCAAGGGAGAUCAAUGCCAUUCUCAUACAAUCCUUUCCCAGAUGUAAUUGCAUGGCUAGUUAGAGUCUCCACACCCUCAUGGGAUAGGCUGGGCAGUUCUCUGGUGCCACAGGUGGCUGGUGAUGUGACCAAAGACUGUGGCUGACCACAGAAGCCACAACACCGUAUGUGUGAUGUAAAUUCAGUGUCCCCUUUUAGGAACUGGUGCGUCUCGAGCGCUAAGCAGGCAGCCCCCUCCCCUUCCCUCCCCUCCUGUGGUAGCGUGUCUCCUCUGAGUCACUAGCCUGCGUGCUCACGGGUGCCUCGCGUUACUGUCUGCUGCUGUCUGGAGAUCUGCAGCACUCUGCUUCCUGUAGAGCAGUUCAGCAAAAACAGUAAUUAGGGCUUGUAAAAAUUUAUUUUAUUAGCAAGAAGUGUUGGUGGGUAAUUGGCCAUAAUUUGAACCCAGCCAGAUUGGAGAUUAAUAAAAAGGCACAGGGAUCUUUUUACCAGAAACUCCAGGGCUGUUACUGCAGAGCCUCUUGGAGGCGGGUGGGACAGGAGAGCUGUGGCUGCGAGCAUGCAGCAGGCUGCUAGCGCCUGUGCUGUACCCGUCCUUGAGGGUGUUUGACGCUGGCAUUGGAAGAAAGGAAACCUUGUUUUCCAAGAACUCUGCUCUCUCUCAGCUUGAUAAGCAUUUAAAAUAAAAGCUGCACAAUUGGAAUUGGCAGAGCAUCCUCA